GAUGGCCACCUCCAUGCAUAAAUAACACUAUAUACUCUAAAGUCACACAGUCGAAUUCGAGCUGUCUGUAUUUACUGGUGAGUGUAGCGCUUUUUCAAGACUAAUUUCUUCACAAUGAAAACUUGGAUAACUUUAGGAUUAAUGAAAAAGAGAGUGAAUAAUAAAUUCAAAUAUGUUUAUAUUCUGAAGAGAGGAAAACCAAUUAGAAAGACAUCUUUUUGUAGAAACUCACAUCCAUCAGCUUUAAAAGACUUUUUGAAGAGAAAACUAAAGAAUCCUUUAACACAGAGAAUCGGAUUUCUUCACGGAAUACAUCAGGUUUUAAACAUGGCUUCUAUGUACUGCAGGAAGUUUAUAGUACCAGAGAUUAAAGAGUAUUGCGGAACUGAGAGAGAUAGAGACAUUCUGAAUCUUAAAAUUGCAUUUAUAUCACAGAAAUUAAAUCUCUUCGAUUUAGAUGAUUUAGUUGAAGGAAUUCACUACUUUGGCUGUAAAAAGGAAAAUCUCAAUAAAGAAAUGUUCAGCGCUGUACAGUUUUUGAAUAACCUAGAUAUACCACGUUGUCCAUGUAAUAAUUCCAUUUACUCUCACUACUACGAAAAGAUGGAGAAAUGUCUCACCAAAGACAAUGUUGCCUUCAGUUCCGAAUAUUUAAGUUCUCAAAGACUACAGAACAAAAGAUCAUUUUUUCUUACACUCCAGAAAAGUAAUAACACUCUGUUUGUAAAAAACCCUAAGCAAUAUAGCUGGAGAUGAAAAUAGUACAAUAAUGCUUGGUGUCUGUUUCUGUUAGCUAAGUUUUGAUGUGUGCCUGUUUUAACAUGUAUUUAUAGAGAUAUUUGAUUCGAUAGAGGAUAUUCUAUUUGUUAAAUUUACAUUUAGGUCUACACAUUUAUUAUUAAUAUAUCCUUGCAAAUAA